AUGGGGGCCUACAAGUACAUCCCGAAGCUAUGGAGAAAGAAGCAGUCGGACGUCAUGCCAUUCCUGCUGCGCGUGUGCUGCUGGCAGUACCGCCAGCUGUCAGCUCUGCACCUUGCACCCUGGCCCACCAGGCCGGACAAGGCACGCAAGGCCAAGCAAGGUUAUGUCAUCUACCGCAUUUGUGUUCUCCAGGGCGCCCGAAAGCACCUGGUGCCCAAGGGUGCGACUUAUGGUAAACCUGUUCAUCACAGUGUCAAUCAGCUGAAAUUUGCCAGGAGCCUUCAGUCCGUAGCCGAAGAGUGUGCUGGCCUCCACGGUGGGAUCCUGAGAGUCUUGAACUCCUACUGGGUGAGUGAAGAUUCCAAGUACAAAUUCUCUGAGGUUAUUCUUAUUGAUCCAUUCCAUAAAGCUAUCAGACGAAACCCCGACACUCAAUGGAUCACCAAGCCAGUGGCACAAGCACAGAGAUGCAGGGGCUUACCUCAGCUGGCCAGGAAGAGCCCAGGUCUUGGAAAGGGUCACAAGUUCCACCAUGCCAUUGGAGGGUCUUGUCGUGUUGCUUGGAGAAGGCACAGUACUCUCCAACUUCAUGGAUACCGCUAA